UACCCAAGUUCAGGCUGGAUGUGGCUUGGGGACAGUGGGCGUUGUCCCUGCAGAGGGACAGCUCAGAUUUGGCCAAUUGUGGAGCAGCGCUGAUGUGCGCUCGCAGCUCUGCCCUCCUCCUGACGCUGCCUCUAAACGCGCUGCUGAACUUCACAGCAGUUCCAGCCCCGGCGCUGCUCCGCAGGAGGAGAGCAGGAACAGCACAAGUGCAGCAGUCAGAGCUGGGACAAAGCGCACCGCUGCUUUGGCUCCCUGUGUGAGUGUGAGCGCUCCCACAAUGGCAGGACAUCAAAGCACAGGAUCCAGGCUGAGCAUCCUGCUGGUGGGCAAGACAGGGAGUGGGAAGAGUGCAACAGGGAACACCAUCCUUGGGAGGAAGGCAUUUGAAUCUUAUGUGUCAGCAGAGUCGAUAACCCAAGAGUGUGAGAAAGCUGAAGGCCUCCUUCCUGGACGGUCAGUUGUUGUUGUUGACACUCCUGGCUUUCUUGGCAGUAGGGAAGCCAACCUGAAAGCAGCUGAGAAGAUUAAGAAUGCCAUUCAGAAUGACCAUGCACAGGUCUUUGCCAUCGUCCAGGUGAUGCAGGUCGGCCAAAUCACAAAGGAGGAGCAGGAAGUGUUUGAGUGGAUGACCAAGAUUUUCCAUACCAAAGCAGAGAAGUACACAAUCCUGUUGUUCACCCGCGCAGAACAGCUAGAGCAUCCGGAAGACCUCAAGGGUUUCAUAGAAAGGAGCCCAUACCUCAAGGAGCUGGCAGCAAAGUACAGCGAUCGGUACAUCACAUUCAGCAACAGAGCUACUGGAGAGGCGAGGGAUCGGCAGGUUGCAAAUCUCAUCCACAUGAUUGAUGCCAUGGUAGAGAAGAAUCGUGAUGAUCCGUGUUACAUGGGAGAAAUGAUGGAGAAACAUAAAGCGAUGUCGCCUGAACAGGCUCCCUGUGUGAGUGUGAGCGCUCCCACAAUGGCAGAACAUCAAAGCACAGGAUCCAGGCUGAGCAUCCUGCUGGUGGGCAAGACGGGGAAUGGGAAGAGUGCGACAGGGAACACCAUCCUCGGAAAGAAUGCGUUUCAAUUUGGUUUGUCAGCAGAGUCGAUAACCCAUCAGUACGAGAAAGACAAAGCCCACUUUUCUGGAAGACCAGUUGUUGUUGUCGACACUCCUGGCCUUUUUGACACUAGAGAAGCCAACCGGAAAACAGCUGAAAAGAUUGGAAAUGCCCUUCGGAACCUCUAUGGAGGGGUCCAUGCCAUCAUCCUGGUGAUGCAGCUGGGCCGAUUCACAAAGGCUGAACAGGAAGUGUUUGAGUGGGUGACCAAGAUUUUCCAUACUAAAGCAGAGAAGUACACAAUCCUGUUAUUCACCCGAGCAGAAGAGCUGAAGAAUCCAGAAGACCUAAAGGGUUUCAUAGAAAAGAGCCCACACCUCAAGAAAGUGGCAGAAAAGUGUGGAAAUCGGUACAUUGCUUUCAGCAACAUAGCAACCGGAGAGGCAAGGGAUCAGCAGGUUGCAAAGCUCAUCAACAUGAUUGACGCCAUGGUAGAAAAGAAUUGUGAUGCUCCGCGUUACACGCCAGAAAUGCUGGAGGAAGACAGAUGGAAAGUCUUUGGAAAGUGGUGUACAAUCCUGUAGGCAGCAAGGGGUUGGGCCCAGAGCGGACAUCUCCUCUGCCGUGCCGUUCCUGCAGUCUCGGUGGGGCAAUGUGGGGCCUGGUGUGUGGUGACGGGCCUGAAGGAGCUGUCAAUAAACAUUGAGCCUUGCUGUCUG